ACCGAGAGACAGACAGCAAACAGAGCUUGUGGAGACUUAUAGAGGAAUAACAGGAAAUAACGAAUCUCUUCUAAGUGUUGCAGCUCAAGGUAUAAGAAAAUGUGUAAAGGAUUAGCUGCAUUACCUCAAACUUGUCUUGAAAGGGCUAAAGAGAUCAAGUCAAAGUUGGGAGUUUUACUCCAGAAGCCGGAUAAUGCCAUCGACCUCAUCAUCCCGUACCCGGAGAAGGUUGACAAGAAGCCGGAAAAGUUGCAAAAGCCUACUCCUGAAGAGGCUGCUCAGUGGCGCGAGAGUCUGGAUCGAGUCCUGAACAACAACUAUGGUCUGGCUGCUUUCCGCAGUUUCCUUCAGUCUGAGUUCAGUGAUGAGAACAUCGAGUUCUGGAUGACCUGUGAGGACUUCAAGAAGACCAAGAAUCCUGUAAAAAUGGCUGCCAAGGCCAAAAGGAUCUAUGAGGACUUCAUCCAGUCAGAGGGACCUAGAGAGGUGAACAUUGACCACUUCACCAAGGAUGUGACCCUGAGGAACCUGGUAGCUCUCUCAACUUCCACCUUUGAUCUGGCCCAGAAGAGGAUUUACGCCCUAAUGGAGAAAGACUCCUUUGGUCGUUUCCUCCGCUCUGAGCAGUACCAGGAGCUUCUGGGCAACUAAGCUUAAUAGAGUCCAUGGAGGUGGCGAUAUUUGAAACAGCAAUUGAUAUGUAACAGUUAAACAAAAUUCACUAAUUUGGUUAAAGCAAAUAUCAAUAAAAUGCCCCUGCAUUACACAAAUUGAAGAAUUUGGCACCUCCAAAAAUCAGGUUUCAAAAUUUGGCUCCAAGUUUAAAUAAAAUGACAAACUGCAUCUUGAAAUAGCUCCAUCUCCCCACAUUACACAAAUGUUCCUGAAUUUCUAUCUGAAUUAGGACCGCUGAAAAUGUUGACAUAACUUUUUAUUGUUAAAGUUAAUAAUCAAAGUAGUAAACUGAAACAAAAGGUAUUAAUGCUGGAACAUUUUCACUUUUCAAUUAUCUGACAAUCAGCUUCUUCACCUUGGGGUACAUUUUUAGGGAAAGCUUCUGAAUUCAUUGUUCAAUUAGGAUAGAACGUAAAAUACAAUUUUGCCUCAAGAUACUGACAAUUAAAAAGUUAUAUCAAUGAGCAAAACCCAAGGAACUGAUUUGCUUUUACUAUGAAAUUUCACUGAAUACUUUUUAACUGAACAAAGAAAACAAAUUGCCAAAUUCUUUACACUUUUCUUGAAAACAAAUUAUGAAUCUAAUAUCGUCCUUUGCUUUUAAUGUUUUCUCUCAAUCAAUAUAUAUUGUUAUGAUUUAUUUUGGCCUGUCAUGCAAAGUAGAUCGCCAACAAUAUACAAUCUUAGUGUAUGCACCUGGGCCUGUUAAGUACUAUUAUCUACAUAAUGAUGGCAGUCAAAUUAUUUAAUAUGUUUCACGAUUGAUGUGACAUUUAAAACAUGUUUGCACCACAAAUCAAAUCAUAAUCCCAGAGGAAAGUAACUUCUAAGACUUUCUGAUGUCUAUAAUAAUGAUUUUUGGUUGUGAACAUCUAUCAAAAUCAUGUCAACAAAACCUGAGACAAUGGCCUGAACCUUUUGGGACACAGAUGCAACAUCAACAAAGACUUCAGAUUCCUAUUCAGUUUUAUUUUGUGGCAGAUAAGUAACGGAAAUAACAUUAUUUAACAAGCAAAAACUAUAUGCAAGCAUAUCCACAAACACUUAUAUUUUUACUUUCAGCAUAGUGAAUGACCAAAUCAUUUUAAACAAAUGGUGGCCAGUUUUAAUCAUCUACAUCUUUAAUCAAGAAAAAUGCAGUAUUCUGAAGCUGAAUGUAAGCCUGAAUUUUGCUUUUGUGAUUUUAUCAAGCUUCAUCAAACAAAUAUUUUACUGCUUUGCAGUGCCUGAAAGAAUGAUGGUUCUGUAAGAGAGACUGUGAAGGAAAGCUGUUACAAAGUCAAGGGCAGAAACAUUUCAAAUCAUUUGUCUUUUUAAUAAUUUAUUAUAAGAGUGAAGUUGUUUCAGUAAUCAUUUUCCACAAGUUUUUCUGUUUAUCCAAAUCACUAUUUCUCUUUCCCAUUAAUAGGACUUUUGGAUUAUUACCAAACCCACCUUUUGGUUGUAAUUCCUCCCGUUGGAGAACAGUUCUGACUAGUUGGCUCAGUGGUGAAGCUCUUUGGUUGCCACUAAAAUGCAAGUUGCUAAGAUGGGAAAAACAAGUAGGAGGGAAUCUCAGUUUUAAAAAAAGGAAUAAACAGUGCUGUGGGUUUAUAUGAAGAAAGCUAUUUUUAUUUUCCCAUUUGAUAAUACCAAAGCUUUACUGUAAGUAUCCAUUCUGGUCCCUAAAAAUGUCCAGUUAAUGCAGCACUUAACCAUGCCCUGAUGUGCAGACAAUUUUCUAGCUUUUGGCUUCAAAGAACAAUUCCAAUUUAUUAUGUUAGCUUUAAUGCUAAUAUGAACACUUGUGGGAGAAAUACAACAAAAAAUGCUUACAUAUUGCUUUCACGUUAUUUCCACAAUUAUGUAUUCAUACAGCAUUUACAACCACAAGCUAUUCAUCAAUCUUUUAAGCUACAAAUCACCGAGGUACACUUGGUCAAGAUAAACGCAAGUGAUGGUGGAGAAGUUGCUGUUAGAGUGCAAUGUUUAAGUGUCAAAUGAUUUGUAUUUAGUUAAAUGUAGCAAACAUUAAGUGUGAUUAAAUGUACUCCUUUUUGCUUAUACAUUUAGAAAAUCAUUAUGUUUAACCAGCACAGAAACAAAUCUAUAUAUUCAGCAUUUUAAACCCUUAUUGUUUAUAUGCAAAUAUAGCACACUAACUUGAGGGGUUAUAUUUUCAAAACUUUUCAGUUCAUUCAUUUACUUUUAAAAUUAAUUUUCUAAAUUGCACUGGAUGCACAGUAUGAAAAUGCUCAAUUUAUUUUACUUUGGAGAGCAUUGACAGGGUCUAUUGUGGCACAGAUUGACCAGUCUGGUGUUACAACCCUACAAGGUCUACAAGUGGAAAAUCAUUAUAUAACUAAAGUGUAAAACAAAAUAAGGGCUUUAACAGUACUGAAUAUGUGUUAUUGCAUGUAGCCUUGCAUGUAUGUUUUGUAGUGGAUCACAUAAAAUAUAUAUAUGCAUACAA